AUGAGUCUUGUGAUUGGAACAAGCGCUACAAACCGCGGCGAGUUCGAGAUCUUCAAAGAUGCAUCCAGGUCAGAGCAUCUCGACGCCAACAACAACCUGACAGUACACGACGGCGAGCCAACCGACGGACCUAAAGCCAAGCCUGGACUAUGGCGCAAGCACAAUGUGCACAACUGGGCUUCGGUUUUCAGCGGCGCCUUCAAGGGCGAGAUGAACACGUUGACCAAGAUCGGCGAGGAGAUGGGCAAAGACGGUGCGCGUCUAUUUACCGACGCAGUAGACGAACUCCUCCAGUCCCUCGGCGGCACUGUCAUUCUGCCGGUCGGAGACGUCUUCAUGUUCAAGGGUCUCAAUGCCGAUGAAAGUCACAAUGUGUUUAUAACCAUUACGUACGAUACGCCCACGGGGGCUGAUCUGAGCAAGAGGGAAAACGAGCCAAUGUCAAACAGCGGGCAGGCUCUGUCGAAGCCGCAGUGGUUCUUCAUGUCAAUGAUAAUUCCAUGUCCCACACAGGCUGUAUAA